AUGGCUAGUAACGCUUUAAAGCAAAAACUUGGUAACGAAAAGUUUAAGAAGAGGAAUGAACAUCAUAGAAAACUAGGUAAGAAGAAGAUUGAACUAUCCAAAAAGAAAGACCAACCUCCGAUCUCUAAGGUUUGGAUCUAUAUUCUUGCCUUUUUAAUUGUCGGUGGUGGUAUUUUAGAAAUUAUAAGUUUAUUAUUUUAA